AUGCCAGAUAUUGUUUCCCUCGAAUACCUCAAUAGCAUUAACGUCCCCGGCACGCCACCGCACAAAUUCAACCUCAAAUUUGGAGCAUUGAUCUUCUUCAUCAGGAACAUUAACUUUGAUUGCGGUCCCGUCAAUGGAAACGGGGAGAGGGGGUUAAUCGAGGGAUAG